UACUUUAUUUUUGUGUUAAAAAUUAAAUUACCAAGGUAGCUGAAGAUUAAUAUUGAAUUAUGGCAUUCAAAUCAAAAACAGGGCUCUUUGCCCUGGGGUUUUUUAUAUUUGCAUCGUUGUUUAUUCUCGUCGCUUUUGUAAGUCCGUAUUGGUUAGUAACUGACGGAAAACUCAAAAAUCCUAAGUUCUUAAAAAUUGGAUUAUGGGAGGUUUGCUUCAAUGGCUUCGAGGAAGUUCACCAUUGGUAUGACACAAUAUUCAAAGGCUGUUGGUGGAUCUUUGAAGAAGAAUACUAUAUAAUACAUGAUAUACUAUUGCCAGGAUUCUUCAUAGCCACCCAGUUUUUCUUCACUGUGUCUUUCUGCUGUGUUCUCAUAUCACUAUACUUAUCCUAUUUGUAUUUAAAAAUGGACAAUGAUGAUGAUAACUAUGUUACAUUGUUAGUUACGUUUGGAACAGUUUUGGUUAUUGGUGGGUUUUCAGGCCUAAUAUCAGUUGUGACAUUUGGUGCUAGAGGAGAUGGGCGUGACUGGAUGCCUAAUUGGGAGCACAAUGAUCUGGGCUGGGCCUUUGCUCUGGGAGUCAUUGGCAUCAUUUUCCUCUUUCCCGCCGGCAUCUUAUUCUUGGUGGAAGCAAGAGUACGCAAAUAUAAAACAUUACACAACAUGCAAAGCAGGGAACCAUCCUCCUACACGAUGCAAGAGAGGAAAACUGUGUACCCAGGGCACACUGAUAUUUAAUACUUUAUUUUUAAGGUUUGUUUUACUUAAUUUUGACAUGAUUUUAUUUUACUAACAUAGUGUUGUAUUAAAAAAAAACAGAAUGCUAAAAAAAAAAAGAUAAAUUGAAUCACUCAAUUUAGAAUGAUUCUGCAAAUAAUUAAAACUAAGACAUAGUAACUGUGUCAAAAAAAUUUGUCCC